CUCUAUUGAUGGGUGUCGUUGCUGUAAAAAUUCUAUUUUAUCGGUACUCUUUGCGGUUCAUUCUCUCUCUAUUCAACUGAAAAUGGUUUAAUUAAAAUCCGACAACGUAAAUUAAAUCCAGUGUCUAUACGGUGACUCUCGUAACUUUGUAAACAAAUCCAAAAUGUCCGUUCCCACUACAGGGCUGAGCAAGUUGAAAAAGAAACAUAUUCGUGUGAAACAUCAAAAAGUGAAAUUGUUCCGUGCUAAUGAACCGUUACUAUCCGUUUUUAUGUGGGGUGUGAAUCACACGAUUAACGAGCUAAGUCAUGUGUCAAUACCAGUCAUGCUGCUGCCUGAUGACUUCAGAGCGUACUCCAAACUCAAAGUUGAUAAUCACUUGUUUAACAAAGAAAACAUGCCAUCACAUUUUAAGGUGAAGGAAUACUGUCCAUUGGUGUUCAGAAAUCUCAGGGAGAGAUUCGGAAUCGACGAUUUGGACUACAAGGAGUCCCUUACAAGGUUUAGAAAGCCAGAUAACUACCUGUGCUCGAAGGUGCAGAAGACUAUAAUUAGCAAGUUGCGGCGGUCGGCGACUGCGCCUACCGACGUAGCCUUGAAAGACUACGAGGGUAUAUUCCACGAUGCAAGCGCGUUCGUCAAACGAGGCCUGACGAUCAAACGCCUGAGAUCGCAACCGAUUCCCGACGACUCUUCAGGCAAGUCCGGCGCGAAGUUCUACCAGAGCUAUGACCGGCUGUUUAUCUUGAAGACCCUCACGUCCGAGGAGGUGGAGCGGAUGCAUUCAUUCCUUAAACAUUAUCAUCCUUACAUAGUGGAGCGCCACGGUAAGACUCUGCUCCCGCAGUACUUGGGCAUGUACCGACUGACGGUGGACGGCAUCGAGCACUAUCUUGUCGCCACCAGGAAUGUCUUCUCCAACCACCUCAAUAUCCACAGGAAGUACGACCUAAAAGGAUCAACAGUGGAUCGUGAAGCGUCGGAGAAAGAACUGGAGAAGGAGCUACCCACUUUGAAGGAUAAUGACUUCAUCAAGCAAGGCGUGCGUAUUGACAUCGGAGAGGCCGCAAAGGAAAAACUACUGGAGACAUUGACAGCGGAUGUUGAGUUCCUGACAAAAUUGCAUCUUAUGGACUAUUCGCUGUUGCUGGGCAUGCACGAGUGUGGACGAGGUGAAGCGGAGGCCGAGGCGGCGAGAGCCGCGGCGGCGUUGGACAGCGCAGAAGACACCGACACAGACUCCGACACAGAUAACCGCCACGGCGAAAGGUGGGGCUAUAACACGCCCCCGGACAGCCCGGGCGGGCGCGGGCUGGGCCGGCAGGCGUCGCUGCGCUACGAAGGUAUCAUCCCUGAACUCGACAUCUACGCCAUCCCCAGCCAGGAGGGCUCGCCCAAGAAGGAGAUUUAUUUCGUCGCCUUGAUCGACGUGUUGACGCAUUAUGGAGUCAAGAAACAGGCCGCAAAAGCAGCGAAGACGGUGAAGUACGGCAGCAACGUUGACGGCAUAUCGACGUGUGACCCCGAGCAGUACGGCAAGCGGUUCAUCGAGUUCGUCGCCAAGGCUAUCGAAGGCAACUAAGUGACGCCUCGCUUGUAUAGAAUGCUUCUUUUAGUACAGGCUAUAAAAUAUGACUACUCGGAUUGUUGUUACUGAUAUUAUGGCUUAAAAGGCUGGAUGCCAUGAGCCAUGAAUAUAGAAACUUAUUUUACUUGUUAUGGCACAUAUUCCAGGUUAUAAAAAAGUUUAUUUUGAAGUCGUUUUCCGGAAGUUAAAUAAUGUACAAUGAUCGGCGAACUUAUAUGUAAUUUGCUAGUUACAAAAGUGACUGACAGUCUUGUGCUACAUUCAGACUGCAUUUCAAUAGCAAAAACAGCAAUUUAAAACGCAGUCGAAAAGCAGUUUGUUGCAUCUCAAUUGUAGACAGCUUAAACAACUAGUCUAAAAUUGCAAUUGGUGUGCAGUUGCAUCCGAACUGCUAUUUUGCUGUCGUUGUUUGACCUGUACCAUCCUAUCCUAAGUCUCGACAAAAAAUGUGACUCCAUAAUAACAAUCGGUACUAUGUUACGUUCCAAUAGUACGUUGUUUCACAUAAUAAUAUUAUGUUUUUCAACACGAUUUUGUGAAAAACCUGUUAAUUGAGAGUUCUCCCAUAAAGCAAGCAAUCAGUGAUUAAAGAAUCGUGUAUACUCAUUUUGCCAAGUCUUUGAGUUGAUGUUUUUGUUUUUAGUAGUUGCUAGAGUUCCUUAAAUAAUUUACUAAUACUGUGUUCUACAAUGUUGCUGUUUAGCGUUCAUAUAAAUGACGUAACUGUAACUCAUUUGGACGCCAUAAUUGAAUUAAAAAAUGUAAAGGCGACGGAAUUAACAGGGUGAUUUUUAAUCGGUAGUUUUUUUUAACCUUCAGUAGUUUACUUCGUAUUUUGCUAGCACUUUCCGCCUAAGUCUGUAGUUUUCAUGGUUUUUCAAGUUUUCUACGGUUUAUUCCGGGUUUCUUGUAGUUUUCAGUCAUUGUCAGGUACUAAAAGGAGCAUUACCUUACGUUGUUAUUCUUGUCAAAGACAAGUUUACGCUAAGUGUAAGUACGUCGAUGCUUAAAAAUGCAAAUAAAUAACGUGUUAAAUAAAAUUAAUGUAGAUAAUGUUUGGUAUGUAUCCGAUAUUGGACGGUCGGUCGAACACGUAGUCUAAAGUUAGUGGAUACAUCUUCUGACGUGUAUUUUAAGUAUUCUGUCAAAUGUCGGGUGCCCUAAUAAGUAAGUAUCCUUCAGAACGCCACGAGAACAAUUGAGGUUAUUAGCGCAAUAGUUGGUGUAACUCACAUUAAAUUUCUUUCCUACAAUAUUACUUUGAAUGAUAUUAAAGGGCAUCCUUAAUUAUUUUAUAUUUUAAUCCUAUUUUCUUGUCUAACAAAUGUUUAUUUUUUUAUACAUCAGAAUA